GAGUCUUUAGAUUGCUGAAGUUCUGCUGCAGCUGUACUCGAUGGAGGGUCUCCCGGAGCCACUGCUUGCAGAGAUCAUCAAGAGGAUUACAAGCACAAGUGAUCUUAAUUCUCUUUCACUUGUUUCAAAGCAGCUCUACAGCGUUGAUGCGGAGCAUAGAAAUGCUAUCCAUGUGGGCUGUAGACUCAACCCUACAACAGAAGCCUUGGCAUCGCUAUUCUCCCGGUUCCCCAAUUUGGCGAAAGUGGUGAUCAAUUACUCUAGUUGGACGUACAGUCAGGGGGACCAGUUGAACAACCAAGGCCUCCAUGUUCUAUCAUCUCACUGCCCCUGGCUAUCUGAUCUCACUUUAAGCUUUUGCUCAUACAUUAAUGACACUGGUCUUGGUUACAUAUCACACUGCAAAACGUUGAGGUCCCUCAGGCUGAACUAUGCACCAGAAAUAACUUCUGUUGGGCUUUCCCUGGUGGCGAUUCGUUGUAGGUAUCUUUCUGUUCUUCACCUUGUUGACUGUAAGGCAAUAGACAGUGUGGAGUGGCUGAUGUACCUCGGUAAACAUGGAUCAUUGGAAGAACUAGUGGUGAAGGAUUGCAAAGGAAUCAGCCAGUAUGACCUCCUAAAGUUUGGCCCAGGAUGGGCAAAGCUCAAAAAGUUUGAGUUUGAAAUUAAUGGAAAAUAUUGGUCGAGUCGGCCCUAUGAUCCCGCAUAUGUGACUGGCUACCCAUAUAGCUAUGACAUCUGCUGUGAGAAUCUGAAGGAUCUUAGGCUGUCUCAUAUUGUAACUGAUCAAGAAAUUGGACUUCGUUUCCUCCUGGGGAGGUGCAAAGCACUGGAGAUACUUUACCUAGAGUAUGUUAUUGGUCUAGAUGAGAGUGAGAUGAUUGCACUGUUCAAGAGGUGUAGCAACCUUAAAACUAUCUCACUUCGGCUCAUGCCUCUGCGAUGUGGUAUUCAGUUUAGGACGGCAUUGACCGAUGACAGCCUCACGGUGCUAGCUCUCAGCUGCCCAAUGCUUCAGGUUGUUGAACUCACCUUCACGUUUUGCGAUGAUGAUUGGCCAACAGAAAUAGGUUUCACACAAGAGGGUAUCGUGAAGCUCAUGCAGUCUUGUCCAAUCCGCUCUCUUGUUCUAAAUGGUGCCAGCAUUUUGAACGAUGAGGGAAUGAAGGGCCUCUCAUCCUCGCAGUUUCUGGAGACAUUAGAACUUGUGGACUGCCAGUCUAUAAUGGAUGCUGGGAUGAAUUUCAUUGUCCAGGCUCCUUGUUUGAGUAGCCUCACACUCCGGAAAUGUGACAAAGUGACUGAUGUUGGAAUGGCUGCGCUAGUAAGAGCACAGAAGCUGGAGUCACUGACCAUUAUUGGCUGCCGUCAGAUCUCUCAGGAGGAUGUGCAAUGGGCUGCCAAAACAGUUAAAUACUCCAAGGAGAUUGAAAGCCACGACAGUCUAAAAGCAAUGAACAUCAUUUUGCAUGCAAAUAGACGUUGGUCGGCCAUGAAUUCGAUCUAUGGCUGUUAG